AAAAAAAAAUCAACUAAUUUAUUAUAAUGAUUUGGUAAGAGCUAUUUUAAGGUAUUAAUAUAUAUUUAUAUAAUCUUUUUUUCGUAUAAUGCUGAUACUUCAUCUGAGAAAUAGAUAAUCUUUCUGACAAUGAUAGUAAAAUGCAAGGUAACAGCUCUAUUAACGUUCAAAAUUAUGUGAAUCAGAACAAUAUUUUUGUGGACAUACUUAAGGACAUACUAAAACCUAUUUGCAAAUACUCUAAUGAACACUCUCAGACACAGCUAAGUACCUAUAAGCAAUCUGAUUGAUGAAUGCCAUAGUUCAUACUGACAUCCCUUCUCAUUCAAGUUUCACACCAUUAGACCCAGACUGAACAUUAGAAUUACUUUGAAGUGCUAUCUUGCAACAAAUACAAACUAGGCUACCUGUCAAACUUCGGAUAAAUUUCAGUCUCCAGAUUUACACCACUGUUUGUGAGCAUGUUGAUUUUGAUAUGAAUUAACAAGAAGAAAAAAUAACUGUUUGCCUGAUGAUCAAGGCUCUGCAAAUAAUUUUUCUUCCUGAAGGAGACAUCUGUUAUGGCUUUUUAUCUUCUGCAAUGUGAUUAGCUGUCAAUCUAAACAAUAUUAGGUACUUGCGUAUUAACGCCACCACAGCUACAGAUUUGACGGUUUUUAUGUGCCGCCAAUCUACACCUAAAAUUUUUGCAACAAAUCAUAAAAUAAAACACUUUAUUUAAAAUCAAAGUAGUCAAUCGGAUCGGUGGAAAAUGGCCCGAUAUAGAGUUUAACAUAGAUUUCCCGAAUCGUUUAGCAUAGUUCCCCCAAUCCUGAAUGUUGGCAAAUCCCUAAGACGAAUUUUUGUCGCUCUAAAAAAUGGCGUCAAAAAUCAGCAAACAACAAGGAAUCCAAAAGAUAACUGUGUGCGAACAACAGGGUUGCUCUUUAUUGGCGCAUUAGUGCAACUUCUGCUGCGGUGGCGUUAGUACCUAAUGUUACAUAAUGGGUAGAUAUUAAGCGUAAAUAUCGAUAUAAUUUAGCUAUUUUUUUAUUUAAGGUAGAGGAUGGGUAAGAAAGUGUCUGAAUUAAGAUCUUUUAUUAUGGAGGCACUGAGAGAUGGAAAAUAUCUGCAACAUCUGGAAUGGAUUGAUCCUGAAAAGAUGAUUUUUAAACUUGAUUUAUCUCAUGUAUCAAAAUACUCCGACUUGAAUCAACUAAAAAUGUAUAAGGACUGGCACUUUAGGAACAGUAAGGAUAACAAUAUAGAUUUAAAGAACUUCGAUGAUUACUCUAAAGUAAGACACUCUCUUCAGGUGUCUUUUAAAAAGUCAAUUUACUUCAAAAAACAAGAAGAAAAAAUAUUUAGAUUUUCAACUGAUGAUGAAAUUAAAGAUAAGAGGAAAAAGCCAAAUAAUAAAAGCGGAACAAAAAAUUUUGAGAUAGCAGAUGACAGAAACAAUUCUCCAUGUUCUGUAGCAUCAUCAGGUUAUGGAAGUCUUGAUGAAAAUAUAAGUGAUGAAUUUGAUCAGUGUUUUUGGAAUGUAAAUUUGCCUAAUCCUUUAGAAUGGGAAAGUGUUGAAAAUUUUCUUUACUCUUCCAAUGAGAAGGGGGUGACGCUUUAUAAGUUUAAGUGGGAGCAGAAUGUUGCUGGAACCGGUUCUGCAAUCUGUUGGGAGCCUUCAGAUAUAAAACUCCCAGGAGAAUUAAAUGCAGAAAUUCCGAUUCCUGGUAUAUUUGUUGAGAAUAAGGAUUUAUUUGGGAAGUUACUUUCUAAUAAUGUUUGCAUUGAUGAAUUAAGUGGCUGCCUUAUUUUCCUCUUGGAAAAUAGAGCUGAAAAUGAUCAAUAUGAUGUUUAUAAGAUUGAAUCGACGGGAGGUGAUAUUUAUGUAUUGCCCGGAUAUUUUAUUUUCUACAGUCAUAAUGACUGUAGAAUUUAAAAUAUACAAUGUUUUGCAGCCAAAAAUCCAUUUCUCAUUAAGACUUAGUCCCAGAAACUAAUGGAAAUAGAUUUUUGGUUUAAAUAUUUAACCAUGGAUCACUAUUCUCUUAUCAAAUAAGAAAAAAAGGAAAUUAUGUAUAAAAGUUUUUAAAAAAAAAGAUUGAAAAGAUAACGAUUAUUAACGAAAGUUAACGAUUAUGUCUUUCGAAUGAAAAAAUGAAUAAAAUAAAAAUAUGCAACAUAGUUUAAGCUAAAUGUAUUGAGUAACGGUGAUGAGGGAAUUAUUUGGCAAUGUUACAAGUAUUUAUCAUUAUGAUGAUAUGUGUAUCUAACUUAAUUACAAUCUUAAUGAUGCAUUGCUCUUAUUAUUAUUGAUAAUGUUAAUGAUGCAUGAAUAAGGAUACAUGAAUAAUGAUGUUAAUGAUACGUUUUACUAUUAAUUGCUAAGUAUUAUCUAUAACUGAGUAAGGUGAUGAGACAAUUUGUGGAUUGCAUUAAAUCAAGACACUUGUGACAACAACAUAAAAGUGGCAGCAACAGCUUCACGGAUAACGUUCUCAAGGAAAACAUUGUUACAGAGUAAUGUUGUGAGACAAUUAUAGGGAGAUGUUACAAAUAGCAAUUGUUUACUCUUGUGAUAGAUAAUGAUGUAAAUUGCAGUAAUAAUAUUGUUUGUUGAUGCUUUAUUUGGAAAGCAUUUUAAAAAAAAAGGUAUUGUGUUGUGCAUAUGUUAAUGACAGAGUUGAUAGAGAAUUGUGUCCAAACACUUUCAGUCUUAACGAUGAUUAACACUAUGAUAGCACAGCCACAACAUUAGCAUUUUGCUUAAAAUAUUUGCUGAUAAAGUGGUAAGUACUGAGGAAUUCCAGUUAUCCUA